UCUUUCCCCUUCUCCAAGUUGCUCCCCUCCUUUUCACCUGCCCCCCCUCCCGCUCGCCGCCUCCAGCCUUCCUCCCCAAGCAGAAGAGACCGCCCUCCAGAUCCAACGCCAUCCUCCAUUCCUCCCUCCGUCGCCAUGUACCGCGCCGCCGCCAGCCUCGCCUCCAAGGCCCGGCAAGCCGGGAGCAGCGCCCGACAGGUCGGGAGCAGGCUCGCCUGGAGCAGGAACUAUGCCGCCAAGGACAUCAGGUUCGGCGUCGAGGCCCGCGCCUUGAUGCUCAAGGGUGUCGAAGACCUGGCUGAUGCGGUGAAGCUGACCAUGGGUCCCAAGGGGCGCACUGUUAUUAUUGAGCAAAGCUUUGGUGCUCCCAAAGUUACAAAGGAUGGAGUCACUGUUGCCAAGAGCAUUGAAUUCAGUGACAGAGUCAAGAAUGUAGGUGCAAGUCUUGUGAAGCAGGUUGCUAAUGCCACUAAUGAUACUGCUGGCGAUGGUACAACAUGUGCUACUGUUCUGACAAAGGCAAUAUUCACUGAGGGUUGCAAGUCCGUUGCAGCUGGUAUGAAUGCAAUGGAUCUGAGACGUGGUAUUUCAAUGGCUGUUGAUUCCGUGGUAACAAACCUAAAGGGCAUGGCCAGAAUGAUCAACACGUCUGAGGAAAUAGCACAGGUGGGUACUAUAUCAGCUAAUGGCGAAAGGGAAAUUGGUGAGCUCAUUGCAAAGGCUAUGGAGAAGGUUGGUAAAGAGGGAGUUAUCACCAUUGCGGAUGGUAAUACUCUAUACAACGAGCUUGAAGUUGUGGAAGGCAUGAAGCUUGACAGAGGUUACAUAUCUCCAUACUUUAUUACCAACCAAAAGAAUCAGAAAUGUGAACUAGACGAUCCCUUGAUCUUGAUACACGAUAAGAAAGUAUCCAACCUUCGCUCCUUGGUCAAAGUGUUGGAGUUUGCUCUCCAGAAGCAAAAGCCUCUGCUUAUUGUUGCAGAAGAUCUAGAAAGUGAAGCACUGGGUACACUGAUUCUUAACAAGCUUCGUGGGGGCUUCAAGGUCUGUGCGAUCAAAGCUCCUGGUUUUGGAGAGAACAGGAAAUCCAAUUUACAGGACCUUGCUAUCCUUACUGGUGGAGAAGUCAUAACUGAAGAACUUGGAAUGAACCUUGAGAACUUUGAGCCUAGCAUGCUGGGUACCUGCAAGAAGGUUACCAUAUCUAAGGAUGACACUGUCAUCCUUGAUGGAGCGGGUGAUAAGAAGGCCAUUGAAGAAAGAGCUGAGCUGCUGAGAUCUUCAAUUGAGCAAUGCACUUCUGACUACGAUAAGGAAAAGAUACAGGAGCGGUUGGCAAAGCUAUCUGGUGGAGUUGCAGUCCUGAAGAUUGGUGGGGCGAGUGAAGCAGAAGUAGGCGAGAAGAAGGACAGAGUGACGGAUGCGCUAAAUGCUACAAAAGCUGCCGUAGAGGAGGGUAUUGUACCAGGUGGUGGUGUUGCCCUUCUUUAUGCAUCAAAGGACUUGGAUAAAUUGCCUACAGCAAACUUUGACCAAAAGAUCGGUGUCCAGAUCAUUCAAAAUGCUUUGAAGACCCCAGUACACACCAUUGCUACAAAUGCGGGUGUAGAAGGCGCUGUCAUUGUUGGCAAGCUCUUGGAGCAGGAUAAUACUGACCUGGGCUAUGAUGCUGCCAAAGGUGAAUAUGUGGAUAUGGUGAAGGCUGGUAUCAUUGACCCACUUAAAGUGAUCAGAACAGCGCUGGUUGAUGCUGCAAGUGUGUCGUCUCUGAUGACUACCACGGAAGCCAUCAUCGUUGAGAUACCCAAGGAAGAGAAGUCGGCCCCGGCAAUGGGAGGCGGCGGCAUGGGCGGGAUGGAGUUCUAAACUGCUCUGCGGAACAAUGGGAGGCGGCGGCAUGGGCGGGAUGGAGUUCUAAACUGCUCUGCGGAACAAUGUGAUUAUACGAGGCACUUAGGUUAGACCUUUUUUGCGGUGUGGAAUCAUCGUUAUGUAGUGCAGAGUGGAUGAGGAGGCUGUCACAUUUUUUGUUGUCCUGCAAGAGGAUGUUGCAACUUGAAUCAUCUGAACAGAUGUACGACUGAAACAAGCCCGAAAUGCCCCUGUUACAAUAUUUU